AUGCUGCAGAGCACUUUGACUCGGCUGGUACUUGCUUCGUGCAAUGAGUCGGUUACUAUUCGAGAUCUUGGGAGCCUGACCUCAGUGAUCCUCUUGAUUUCUGCUUUGGUCUAUCGAGUACUGUACGUGCGCGUGGCAUCCUCACCUCGAAAAGAACAUUCCCCUCCCCGCCUGCAAUUGCCUAGCUGGAAGGUCGCCCGGUUCUUCUUUGAGAAGAGGUUUGAUUUCAUCAAAGAUGGUUUCCGGGCUACAUCAUCUUCCAUCUAUCAGACCAGACUGUUCCAACAUGCCGCCAUCGUUCUAUCCGGGGACGAAGGCCGACAAGUCUUUUUCAAGGAGAAGGGUCUCUGUCUAUACGACACAUUUUCAAUCAUGAUGGGCAGUGGUGCUCAAUUUGAUCCCCAUCAAGUCAGUGGGGUGGUCAAACGAAUGGCCUCGAUUCAACGACCUGAUAAUCUCCAGAAACUGAUUCCGUUGACUCUGUCAGAAUGCCGGCGGAAGAUGGAUGCAUGGGGUAGCGAGCGUAUUCUCGACCCCUGCUCUUCCCUUCACGAGGUCGCUUUUCACUUGGUCAUGUGCAUUGCUUCCUUUGAUAUCGCCAAUGAUCCGGCGCUUUCAGCUCGUCUCAAGUCCCUUGUCGACACUGUCGACUCGAUCACGAACCCAUACUCAACUUGGUUUCCUUGGCUGCCUGGCCCAGCCUUGUUCCAGAAGUUCUUUGCUUCUGUUCGAAUUUACUGGAUUGUUCAAGCGGCUAUUCAGACCAGAAAGAGGAGCGGAAUCAAGAGGGAUGAUAUGCUGCAGCAGAUGAUUGACGAAGGAGAUGGUACAAUUCGAAUCUUUGGGUGUAUACUAGGACUAUCGCUGGCUGGAGCUCGUGCCACUGGAACAAUUGUGACAUGGCUAAUCAUGCACCUCUCCUCGAGUCCAACUUGGUCCUCGAAUGUUCAAGAGGAGAUCAAGACCUUCAUAUCUACUCACACAUUCUCGUCAUCCCCUCUCUCUGGGAACGCUCUCGUCCAAGCCCUCUCAGAAAUCCCACUUGCAGCCUGGGAAUCCCAAACACCUAAUCUCGACCUCUGUAUUCGUGAAACACUACGCACCUCACAGCCAUACACAGCCGUGCGAAAGAACAUCGGCCCGGAUCUUACCAUUGGACCAUACGUUAUCCCCUCGGGAUCCCUCGUUGUGUAUCCAUUUUCGGAUACAGCACUCAACCCGAAGUACUACUCGGAACCAACCCGCUGGGAUCCGUCUCGGGUACUUGAAAAGGAAAUACCGUUUAUUGGCUGGGGUGCGGGAAGGCAUGCUUGCAAAGGCCAACGACUUGCUACAUUGAGUAUGAAGCUCAUGGUUGCUUAUGCUUUCACGCAGUUUGAUAUUACGAUGGUUGAUGGGCAGGGCAAAAAGAUCAAUCGUGUUCCCCUCCCUGAGUGGAAUGAUUCCGCGACUUGUCGCCCGAAGGAGGAAUGUGGAAUCAAAUUUGCUAAGAAGUGA